CUCAAGUGAGUAUGUCGUUGGAACGAGAUAGAAAAAAGAGGAGUGCAAUGUAAAACAAGAGGAGUGAUUAACAAAAAGGAGUGAAUGUCACCUAUAUGCCAACGUACUACUGAUGAUCAAUACAUGCAUCUUACUGGAACGUUUUGAACAACUUUGAUAGAGGAUCACCCAUUGAUCAUUUAUGUGAAGGUUUGUUCGAAUCUUCCUAGUGGUUGAAGUGGAGAUUUGAAGCUGAUUGUAGAAAACACAAAGAGAAGCCAAUAACCACGUUCUAACUCUCAGUAGAGGACCAAAAUACAAGAUGCAAGGCAAAUACUAAAGCACAGAAGAUUUAACAGUAUGCAGUCGAUAAAAUUGUGAUCAACCUUCAACUUAGGUGUGUGGCUUUAAGUAAAUCAAAUGGAUGAUCGACAAGUUUAUAUGAGGUUUGGUGGAAAUGCCGUAGCAAGUUUCGAUGCUUAUCUGGAGUACAAAAGGAUCGUUGGUGAAGAUGAUGGCGGUGUUAUGUUCACUCCUGAUCAGUAUGAAGCAUACAAGAAAAAAGUUUUACCAAUGAGGUUGAAAAAUCGAAUCUUCGCAGCUUGGAGCUCCCCAACUGGUAUGGAUUGUAAACUGAUUGGACCAGAAACCGAAUGCUUCUGUCAACACAAGUAUGUUCAGCACAAGACUGAUUUUGAGAAGAUCCCUCCAGAAAGACCAAUUAUGGUUCCCUGCAAGAUCAAUCGCUGCGGGUGCAAGAGCUACCAUUAUAUACCCAAGAAUGGGACCCAGCCUAUCCGGUGUUCCUGCAAGCACUUUGCUGAUGAGCAUUCGGCUGUCCGACCUCACAAGGGCAUGAAUGUAUACAUGAAAAACUUUGUCGCACGUGGUUGUAAGUGCUCUGGAUUCCUGAGCUCCUACACAUGCGGAUGUUGGCAGCCGUACGAUGUCCACACGAUGAUCAUAGAGACGAAGGAGGAGAGGGUCGCCAGGGGUCACCCAGUGGGGCCGGACGUACCCUAUCAGGCCAUGGGAGGACUUACAGGGUUCUCCACCCUGAUGGAGGGAUACAUGAGACUUGACCCAAGUGGCAUUGGGGCACCACCUGAUGAGUAUUUGAAUCAGCCUAUCACAUCGUCUGACCAUCCAUUUCUCAGAGCCAAUGUUGAAUCCAUUCAACAGUAUAAGCUGAACCAAAAAGCUAUUGCAGGUCAAGCAGGUCCAAGUCAGGAGGAGAUUGACGCUGAUCUCGCCGAGAGGAUGUCCGCCAUGAGACGCCCAGGGGAGUCAGAGAUGGACUACUAUGAGAGGAGAUAUCAGGAACGGCAAAAGGCAGAGAGGUUGUAGGCACAUGGUGCCCGUGCAUUGCCUGCAGCCAAGAUGGCGGUGAGACAACGUGCUGUGACUCCGAAAAAAUGAUUAAUGUGACGCAGGAACACUCAUUUGUCUGUGAUAUUUGUGUUAUUUGAAAUGGUUUUAUUAUUGUUCUGACAAAUUAAUCUGACACAUACCUUAACACAUGAAUACAUUUUCAAUCUUUUAUGCCUAUUUUCUUGGUUCCCAUGCUGUUAUCAUGGUUAAUAAGACAAAAUAAUUAAGCGCAAUUACAUUUUUUGUGUACAAGAAAUCAUCAUAAAUUGUGAAUCAUAACUUACACUCAAACAUAUGCCAUAUUUUCAGGUGCAUUGUUCUGCUCAUAUAUUUAAAAAGUGACUGGUGGAGGUGUUUGAUAUUUAUCAUGACAUGUUUUUAUUGCACUAGUGCAUUCAUCUCUAACAAGUUAUUAAUGUUAUAAUAAAACAAAGUCAUAUUGAGUGACACUUCUUUGGUUAUCAAAUGGAGCUAACUGUAUUUAAUACAUGUAAUAUGCUUAUAGUGUUAAACUCUCCAACUAUAAUCGAUUUUAAUGUGAAUGAUUUUUAUUUUCAUUCAUACAUUUGUUUAUGCUCUGUUUUUUCGGCGAUAAUAUCCUAUUUGUAAUAUUACAGUCCAUGAAAGAGAUAAGGAUAAAAUAGCUAUGUUUCGCCUUUCGGAAGGGUUUGAUAAUCUGACCCACGAGAACAGUAGAAAAUGCCAGGUACGUAUGAUGCCAUAAAAUUUAGUAUCCUCUUUAUUCAGAAUGGCAGUUCCAUUAUUUUAUAAACCUCAAAUCAUUUACACGUCUUAAAUCAAUUAAACAAACAUCAUGUUCUGGUUAAUACGAUUUCUUAAUUCUAAUUGGUGUUGUUAAAAUAUAUGUAUAUUGUAAGUUACAGAUAAGAAAUUUAAAUUUAUUAGCUUCAGGUUUAUUUUAGUUCGUUAUUUACAGUACAUUGUACAUAACAUAUGGUAAAUACAAUCAUACUAAUAAAACAUGAUCAGACA